AUGCGACCAAUUUCGGAGCUCUUAUAUUUAGGAAGAUACUACAAAAAUGUUGGGAAGUCAUGGUAAGCAAUCCUAUUUUAUCUAGGAGUCCUUUUAUCACGGAAAUCGGGAGACUUCAGAAUAGCGGCCCCCUCGAAGCGAUAUCAACUGCUCCUGUAGUUCUGAAGUGAUCAAGUAAUAAAAUUGCGUGUUUCUAGUUCACAGACCUGUUGUGCUACAGGCAAUAAAACUAUUUAAAUCGGGUAUUUGAACGACUUCCCCCGCAUUCCCGCAGUAGUCGAUGAAUCUUCUAUAAUCAAGUAACUCAAAGGACUGCUAACGCAGUCCCGUCUCAAAAAGCAGCUGUAAAAAGUCCUGUGGUCGAUCAAUCUAUUAGUCAGCUAUUCCGCAAUCCUGUACUCAACAUGUGAGCUUAUAUAAAUUAAGUUUACUUCAUUUCAUAUAAAAGUAUAACAGAAUGAAGAAUGACACAAGUAGAGCUGGAAAUGACCAGAUUUGAAGGCUUAAAGAACGAAGAAUGUUAUGAUAUGUAAAUUUUGACGAUUGUAGGACUGCCGGAGGGACUUGUACAAAGUGGCCAGCUAUUCUGACAUUUAAGGAAUUCCAACCCUCCCUAUUUGAUUGGGAGUCUCCUAAUUUGUUGUGUUGCCUCCCAUUCUUCUGAUUUUUGUUUAAAUCUCCUUAUUUAUCAUGAAAUUCCAAACAGGUUUUUUUGGUUUUUUGUGCGAUCUGAGGGUAGAACAUUACACAACACUUUCCUCACGUAUAAUGUUUCAUAGAAUAACUCAGAAAUGAUAGCAAAAUGCAGGAAACGGCACUUGAGAAAAUCUUACUUUCCAAAAUUUAGAGGGAGCAAGCUCUCAGAACUCCCUAGACAAUUGCACCUUUGACACUGGAAAUAGCUUCUUGAGUUUGCAUUUAGCCAGGAAUAAUUCUCCUAACAAACAGGCUCUAAGCUUCCACUCCCCAAAUGAGCUACAAAGCAUGAAAAUGAGCUAUCCACUUGCUGCCUAUGCAAACUAGCCACCAAAAUAGUGUAUAUUUUUUAGUUGAUGAUUUUAUUAAUUCAAGUUAGUAGAACAGUAGCUCCUGUAGUCAACAGAUAAUGACUCAGUCAAUUCCAAGCAUGGAUUUGUCAGAAAACCACUGCCCAGGGGUGGAGCAUUUGUCAAUUCUUCUAGAAGUGCUUAACGUCAUUCCUUUUCCAACAUUUCACUUAAAAUAUGCUUAUAUAGAUAGGUUUAGAUAUUUCUAUAAAGAAUAUUUUUAAUGCUUCAAAAAGAUACUUGUGAUUUUCACUCCAUCACUUCCCUACCGCACAGUAUUUUUUGCGUCUAUCUAAGAAAUUGCUUCCUGCCAUCGUGAUCAGUUCACACAUGCAGGAAAAACAAUCGAUGUAUUGUUUGAAGAGUUUAAAGAAAAAGACAGUGGUUUCUUUGUGCGUAAAUAGUUGAGGCAGAAAAAAAAAUUCUGUGAGAUAUUUGAAAGCUUAUAUAAACUUUGUCAAUUGUACGAUCAAUGCAACAAUUAAUACACUGUCAAAACCAUUCUAUGGUGAUGAGAAAAUACACUCAUUUUAAGCUCGUCUGUUGUUUGUUUAUCAUUUACCAUAUUAAAUAUCUUUGAAAAUAAGAAAGGUAUUAUUAAAAUUCUAGUUUAUAGUUCAGUCAAUGGUCAUUGAUAUUAAAAUAAUAUCAGAUCAAUGUGAUCUUUUUUGCAAUAAUCGUAACUAGCGGCUAGGAGCGAUUUGCAUAGGGUGCUUCACACGUUUUGAUCAAAUUAUUACAGAUUUCCCACAAAUAUGGUAUUUGCAGUUUAUUUACUGAAAAAUGCAAUUUUGUUGUUGUCCUGGGAUGGGGCGUUUGCACACUAACAUUAAGCCCCACCAUGCUGUCUUUGUUUGAACCACCUGGCCCCACCAUCGGGCAUUUGCAGCUUUUCCAAAACAAACUGAUAAAUCCCCCCAGGGGGGGAGGGGGGAUGGGCACUCUUGGAAUUGACUGAGCUAUAAGUUUAAGUUAUACACAUCCAAAGAUAUUAAGCAAGUUGUGGCAAUAUGGAUAAGAGUGCUCUAAGGUUAGUUUAGGUGGAAGAUUUUAACCCAUUCACCCCUGGAGAUUUGGCCAAAAAAUGCGUUUUGAAGCUUGUCCAGCAGCUUUCUGGCCACUGUCGUGCUAUAAAGAGCUAAAACUUACACAAAGUCAUUUACAGGUCGUACACUUUGUGGCCUUCUGAUCCAGAUGCAAAAUAUUAGCAUGCAAAGUUCGGGCAUGCCCAGAAAGCAAAAUUUUGAGAUUUCGGGGGUCGUUACUUUCGGAUGGCUAAAACAUAUACUCCACUUGGGCACUUCAAAAAUUAAAAUUGCAAAAAAUGUGAAAGGAAUACUUUUUGAAAAAAGGUAAUGUAUAUCCUGUACUUUUAGAGUUAUGAAUGGGAAUGUCAAAUUAGCAUUAUUAAUAAACCUCCGAUCAGUGUGGCCUUUGUUUAGGGUAUCUAUCAUAUCUGUUAUUUUUUUGCAAAAAGGGAAAUUAGUUUUGAGGUCUGUACUUUCAGAGGGUCAUUAUUUUCUGGGGGAAUGCUUCUUUUGGGAGUUGCUAACACUUGUGACGUUUUAUGGCUACUUUCAGAGGUUUGUCACUUUCAAAACUUUAUGGUAUCACUCUGAGGAAUGUAUCAUUUCUUAAAAUAAAAAAUAUUGAACAAUUGCUAUAGAAACUUGGCCCCUCCAUGCUACAAUGUAUAUAAUUUAUCCACUGCUUUUAUUAUCACAUUUUUGUAGGGUUCCAACAGCAGCUGCAUGGACAACAGGAGCAGCAAUUGCAUUUUUGUUUGUUUCAGACUGGAAGGUUGUGACAAAGAGAAUUCCUUUUAUCAAGGACAAAUAUGAUCACGAAAUUCCUAAGUAA